AUGGCAGAUCUACUCAAAAGACAUGUAACAAAUCACGACACAGAGCCUGCAAGCAAGCGACAAAAGCGCGAGAUCGCUCGCGAUACCAGAGUCGUUCAGGCCUGCGAAGCUUGCUCCCAAAGCCAUCUCCGCUGCGAAGACGAGAAGCCAUGCAGUCGAUGCAAGAAGAAGAAGAUACCCUGCCGGGUACCUGAAGUCCCGGUUACAGACGAAAACGACAUACAUGAGAUUGAUGCAGUUCAUGCGGCGCAGGAUCUGCUCGAUUUGUCGAAUGGCUUCGAUUACCCCUCAUCGCUGCCGGCUCACGGCGGCAGCGUCAAUACAUCUGCAUCCACGACCUCAGAGACUCCAGAACCUUUUCACAACCACGCGACCCUAGUCGUUACCGACGCGAAUACAAUGCACCGACACUCCGUAGCUUCAGGCGACCUCGAGACAAGGACAGCAGGUAUGGGCGACAUGCAGCCGCCACCGCCCAACAACGGCGGCGGCCUUGUCGCGAUGAACCAGAACUACGAAGACCCGAGCGCAUCUAUGCCUUUCUUCGAUAAUUCGAUUGCGCACUUUGACAACACGCCAGGGCACAAUCCCUUCUUGCCAGACUAUUUCCGCAGCAUGCCCCCAUUUGAAGCGUUCCUGUCUGGCCAGGCAACUCCACGCGGUAUCAUGGACCUCAGUUUCGAUCUAGAUGUUGGCUUGACCGACCUUGAUCUCGGUCUCCUUGAUCAAUACAACUUCCAGGUCCCGUUCGCUGCUGAUACACCAUCUACGGACGCCCAUGGCGCUGAGCAACCCGUACCCGAGACUGAUACGGCUCCUGUGAGGGCGGAAGCAUUCAAGCAGAGCAUCUGGCGUUAUCUCCCCCAACGGUCCAGGAACCCCACUGCGGAACAAGUCAACUUGGCUGUACCGGAUACAGAAAAGGACGGUUAUAGACGUUCCAACUUCACACACCGCCGCGUCGUGGCAGAGAACCGAGAGAACGUCAAACGUAUUGCAUCGGCAUUUCCUAGUAUGGAACUACUGGACGGUCUGAUCCAGUAUUUCCUCUCAUCGCCAUCGAUAGACGCGCCAACGUGGUUUCACCUUCCUACCUUUUCACCUUCGAAGUUGAAUCCGGAGUUGCUUGCUUCUGUCGCGUCUGCUGGAGCUGCCACUCUUCCUGACAUAUCCUUGCGAAAGCUGGGCUACGCUCUGCAUGAGGCUUCCAGGUUAGGGCAGUCUAAAUCAUUUGAAGAGGACAACACAGCCAUUAGGGAUCUUCAACACUUGCAGACGUUCCUGCUGCAACUCAAAGUUGGUAUGUGGAGUGGCAUCAGCCGGAAGAUGGAGAUUGCGGAGAGCUUUCUCCAGCCGCUGAUGACGAUGCUUCGUCGUGGUGGUCGCUUUCGUCGUUCGACUUGGAAAGAGAUCAGUCCGUCUCCUGACGAUCAGGGCUCUGUUUUGGAAGAUAAAUGGCUGAGUUGGGUCAACCAAGAGUCCUUUCUUCGCUUGGUUCAUCGCGCCUUCGAAUUCGAUCGGCAGUCGUCGAUGGCAUUGCUUAAGCCACCACUGCUUUCCUACGCGGAGAUGCAACUACCCUUGCCGAGUCCGAACUCAUUAUGGCAGGCCAAAUCCGCUGCAAACUGGAAAAUGGCGUACCUGAAUGACGCAUCGGCAACUGCGAAGCGACCAUCAGCGACCGAAUGCCUACUCGAUCUGGAGCACCUCACUCAACACGACUAUGCCAAUUCGACUUAUCUGUACCUGAUGUGGGGUCCAAUAUGGGAAUAUCGUCAGAUGUGCGCCUUGACAUCUAGGUCACAGUCGCUGUCAACCAACAGCCUCAUUCUGUCGUCGCGCUACCAAGAGCUCACAAAGCAGCUGGAAGAUUUCAGGCUCAGCACACCUCCCAUGACUAAGAGCGUUGAGAUAACACUGGAGAUGUUGCUAGUUCAUCUCAACGCACCUCUCGAUGACAUUCAGCUCUUCGCGGGUAUUGAAGGGCAAGAAGAAGCACGCAGCGCGUACCCUGGUCUUCGAGACUGGGCAAAGACUCCCUCAGCGCGUCAAGCACUGUGGCACGCUGGCCAGAUCUUGCGCGCCGCUGAGGUGCUACCAAAAGCUCUGCUUAGUAACUUCAACGCCAUUGCUGUCUAUCAUGCGGGGCUUAUACUAUGGGUCUACGGCUUUCUCAGACGAUCUGUAACAACGGAACAGAUUGAUACGGCUGUUGUGCUCAACGGGGACGACUCGUUGAGCGCCCGCAAAUUCAUCACUCUGGAUCGCGGUAUACCAGCGAUCAAGAACUCCGGAUCACAACAUCCUACCCACUUGAGCGAUGUUUGUGGAGUCAUGGACGGUUUGACGCAACUGCUUCGAGCGCAUCAUGACGCGUCAGAACCUUCUCCGCCGCUGGUCGGCAACUUGGUGCAACUGCUGGAAGGCCUGCGAUCUGCCAUCAAAUGA